AUGAAACGCAUUCGAAGGAUUUUUUCGAGGAAAGCAAAUGCAGACGAGGAAGCAGAACAGUCGAGCAAGUUGAGGCAGUCAUAUUGGCGGCGGCAUCCGAUACCCUCAAGUAGGAAAGAAAGUUCAGGGUCCGCCAAUACGAGACGAAAAGCACAAAGAUUCAUAGCUGGCGGCAAAAACGCACCAAGGAAACUAGCAAGUAAAGGGCAGUUCUCAAAAGACAGAAUAAGACAUAUACUUGGCCAUGCUAAAGUUGACGCGAAAUCUCAUGAAGAACUAGAGAAGAAAGAGAUUAAACACACUCGAACACCAUCACAGACAUCAGGAUCUAACAAACCUUCUGAGGGACCCACCGCUCCUACAUCAACGACAUCAGACAAAGGCAAUGCCGCCAAGACUCCGGAGGUUCUAAAAAAGAAAAAGUUGGGUGCUGCAACCCAGAGAAGGAGAAAAUAUGGAAACGUUUCAGAAGAAAGU